GACAGGGAAGGAGAAGCAGGGAGCUGGAGCCAGCAGCUUCAGGCUGCACCUUGCCAGCCAGGCUGGGGACCACGCUGGGGGCCAGCAUCUCCUCAGCCCGCAUCCCAUGGGAUGCGCGGGGCUCCUGGCGCAUCUCCCCACCUCCAGCCCGGCAUGGAGAGCCUCAGCAGCAGCCUGAAGAAGAAAGCCACGGAGCAGCACUACAGGGCAGAGGUGAUGAUUGCUGGAGAGCAGCUGAGGCUUCGCCUCCAUGAUGGGAAGCUCAUAAAGGACAGACGUUACCAUCUCCGAACGUACCCAAACUGCUUCGUGGCCAAGGAGCUCACGGACUGGCUCAUUGACCACAAAGAAGCACCAGACCGAGAGACGGGCAUCCGCCUCAUGCAGAAGCUGAUGGACCAUUACAUCAUCCAUCACGUCUGUGACGAGCACUCGGACUACAAGGAUGCCAAGCUGCUGUACCGCUUCCGCAAGGAUGAUGGGACUUUCCCUCUCACUAAGGAUGUGAAGGUGUUCCUGAGAGGACAAAGUCUUUAUGAGAAGCUGGUGAGUGUGGAAGAGUCAUUCCUGAAGGUGAGAGAGGAGAACUCAGUGAAGUACCAGAGGACUUUCCUGGGCUGCGAGAUGAUCGACUGGCUGGUCCAGGAGGGAGAAGCAGAGAACCGAAAGGAAGCAGUGGAGCUGGGACGGGCGCUGCUGGAGCAUGGGAUCAUCCAGCAUGUCUCCAACAGGCAUCACUUCUUUGACAGUGACCUCCUCUACCAGUUCUGGAUCAACUUUCGGCGGAGGCGCCGUCUCACAGAGUUACUCAAUGAGAACUCUUCUCGUGCCCUCUCCGAGAGCCCGGACAGUCCCUUCUGUCUUCGCAAGCUCAACCCGGAGCCAGGCAACACCAGCUUUCUCUCUGUUCAGACCAACAAGGAGAUCAAGAUUGUCUCAGCAGUUCGAAGGAGCAGCAUCACUUCCCUUGCUGGAAACUCCAACCCCUACUUCAGCACUACUCCAACGCUGGUAUUCCCUCCCGUGGCUGAGUGCAACCCCAAAUCAGUGUUAAAGAGACCCGUCACUAACGAAGAGCUUCUGUCCCCCGGGGCCCCCUACAUCAAGAAAACACUGACUAUUGUGGGGGAUGCGGUGGGCUGGGGUUUUGUGGUCCGAGGAGGAAGACCUUGCCACAUCCAAGCAGUGGACCCAGGAGGACCCGCUGCUGCUGCGGGGAUGAAGGUGUGCCAGUUUGUGUUCUCAGUGAAUGGGAUGUACGUGCUGCAUCUGGACUAUCAGACCAUCAGCAGCCUCAUCAUGACAGGACCACGAACUCUCGUGAUGGAAGUCAUGGAAGCUGUUGAAUGAGCAAAGGAGUCUUCAUCCCACCACUGGAAGGGCAAGAUACUCCAUUGAGCAAGGAGGGACUGUGGGGAGGGACCACGCUUGACCAUGCACUGUGAAAUGUUAGCCAGGCAGUUUAAUAUAUUUUCAAAUAAACACAUUCUAGUGGACAAGUCUCAAA